AUGACCACUCUCCUGCCGACGUCUCAACCCACCGGGGUUGAGGCGUACGAGGACAUGUUUAAGGAGAUCACCCGGAAGCUGUACGGUGACGAGUCGGCGCACGGGCUCUAUCCGCACAACACGCAGGUAGCCCAGUUGGCUCAGUUGGCUCCGGGUGCUCCAACAGCCCCACCCGAUGGUGGCGAACGAUCCUUCACAACGCUCACACAGAUCGGCUACGAAACGACCACCGUCGGGUCAGCGCAUCAACCAUCAUCCUCCGCUGCACAGCAACUGCAGCAGCAACAGCAGCAGCAGCAGCAGCAGCAGCAACAACAACAGCAACAGCAAGACCACAUAACGACCGCAUUUGGACUUGCUGCAUUGAUGCAGAACGGAUUUCCACCCGCUGGCUCGAUCCUGAAUCCGGUCAACUUUCCCAACGCUAACAAACCGCCAACAAAUAUAUCUAUACCGUCGACAGAUGACCGCUGGCAAUCCCAGCCAGCAUCCGAAGAGCCAUGGAACGGUGGCAAACAUGUAUCCCCGUCUGGCACCUCGAAUAACUACAGCAAAUCGUACAAGAAACCAAAAACGGAACCACAGGAUGUAAAACCGCUGGCCGGGCUGAACAUACCCAGCACAGUUGAUCGGGCGAACAAGCGUAACAGCUACGGCACGGCAACAUCACCUGCUGGGACGAACGUCAUCAAGCGGUAUAGCUGCACGAGCUGUCCGUACACAACCGACCGGCGGGAUCUGUUUACUCGUCACGAAAACAUUCAUAAGGACGAGAAACCUUUCCAGUGCUAUGCCUGCCUGAAGCCAUUCAAUCGUGCCGAUCAUGUGAAGAAACAUUUUCUUCGAAUGCACCGUGAGAUGGAGUACGAUAUUGCAAAAACGCGUCGGCAUCCCCCGGGUGGGUCAUCAGCCACGAAAAGCAGCUCCCAUUAUGGUGGAAAUACACAAACAUCAAACCAUGGUUCGUCAUCAAGCAGUGCGUCGGUGGCCAUGACACUUGUCCAAAUGCAGCUAAAUAUCCCUUCCGGGAGUUUCAGUACUGCGCCAUCUUUAGUUGUACCUUCCCAUACUGUCGAAAACAGUAGCAGUGGUACGCAUCAUAAUGGCCAUAGUCUCCCUAGCCAGUUGCUUCAUGUUCAUAAUCAACCUCAAGGUGAUUUUAAGCCGCUGCAGCAGUCCCAUACUAGCCUACAUUCAUCCCAAGUGGGGUCUCCGUCAAUCAAGCAAGAGAAGUGUUCCGGAUUCGGGUCUGGAGCAACGGGUAGUUUCAGCCAGUCCACUAACGCCUCCGGUGCAUCUGUGGAUGAAAAGCCGCUUCUCAAGAAAAUCAAAGGCGAAAAGAAGUUCGCAUGCACCUAUUGUUCUUGGGCGGGUGCUGACAACUGGGGACUCAAACGACAUCUCAAUACACACACCAAGCCGUACGUGUGUUUACUGUGCGACUAUAAGGCCGCCCGUUCGGAGCGCUUAGCUACGCACGUUCUGAAGGUACACAACAAGAAAGCCUGUAACAAAUGUAGCUUCUUCGCCGAAGAUCAGGCACAUCUGGAUGCACAUUUGCAGGACAGUCAUUCGCACGACAUGACGAAAGCUGGUAAGGGGGUCGGAUCCGUCAAUACGGGCGGCACCGGCAGUACCAGCAGUGGUAGUAAUUGUGGUACAAACUCUACACUGCAACAUACAGCAGCAGCGAGUACGACGGGCGAUACGAAUGGCAACGUCCUGCGCAAUUUGGGUAAUGCAUUUACGUCGAACAAUUUGCCCACCAACAUUCCGACCAGUGGGAAUGGCUUUGGUAACGGCACAUCGAAUGGCCAGUAUCAUUCCACUGACAGCCAUCCAUCGACCACCGGUAACGUACUGACAAACAGUAACGCUGCCAACUUGAUCGAAACGAUCAACCAACACGUGUUGGCCACGGCCGGCCAGGUCAUGGGCCAGAACGGUGGGACCGCUUCAGUUCAUCAACAGCAGCAAUGGAUCGCAACAAGGCCACAUCGAAAGCGUGGCCCAGAACUACUUUAUAGCUACCUAGAAGCGGACGGAAGUGACUCCGGCGACUAUGCACGCCUUUUGCACAUGCAAGCAGUCGGACGAAACAAGGCUUCAGUUACGCAGGAUUUUCGUAAUGCGGGAGGCGGUUACAAUGGCAGUGAUGCCGGCGACAGUAGCAAUGCAGCGACGCCCUACACGCUCGGUAUGGCAGCAGCAAUUGAUAGGCAGAUAAAGAAACAACACAUCCCGGUCAACGACAGUAAUGAGCAGGUUGCAACUACAGGCAACUCCUCCGUUAUUGAAAAUGUGAGCGUUUCCUUAGGAUCACUUUUUAACAGUGAUCGGCAGUGCUUACUACAGCUACUGGCCACGACUGCCGUGGCACAUCAGCAGAUGCAGCUACAGUUAAGCCAGCAACAGAUAAAACAACAGCACCAGAAACCAUCGAAAGCAGUGGACAAUCAUCCCGUCGGUGCAUCGAAUGACGUCCGCAGCUACGGCAGCACGAUGGUUUCGUCGCCUCCCGCUACAUUUACUCCACAACAACCACGAACAACAAGCACCAGCAACAGUAUCAGCGGCAGUGGCAUGACCAGUUGGAACAGUACAAACGACACUAGCAAUGGCGCAAUCGGUCCCUUUGACUCAAACUACCAACAGUCUCAGCCGCUAGCACUCGAUAUGCGCAGCUUCAAGAAACGACGAAUGAAUGAAUCAUCCAGCGAUAAAGAAAACGAAGGUGGUGGAACCAUUGAAAAACACAUUUUCCAAAAUGUUAGCACCAAAGUUGGCCAGCAUCAGAAUCCUCAUCACCACAACAAUAACAAUAACUGCACUAGUAAUAAGAAUAUAAACGAUAUUUUUGAUAAAAUGUACAAAAAGCCGCAAAACUCAUUUCACACAUCGAAGCAUCCAGCUAUUCAUCAGCAACAGCACAGUGGUCUGCCGGCACCGCCAACCCACUCACUGACUACUAUCCUCCGGACUGCUCCACCAUCCGCGGUGGAAGAGGACAACCAGCGGAGCACGUCUUCCCGCCAGGAUGCUCAAAAUGAAGGGGAAAAGUUUUCGCUCGCCGAAUUCCUUAAAAACCAUACCGAGGUGUCCAUCAGUACGGUAGGCGGUAAGGGUGUGGAAGAUCCGGUCCCGUCCGUGACUGUUGGACCAUCAUCGCACGGUUGCCACCAGGAGGAUACGGAGGAAACCCAUUCCGAGCCGGAUGGCUUGAUGCUAAAGCAGGAGUGUGACAAAAACCCCCGUAAACGAUACCAACCACGUCGUAUCGAGAAGAAAGAAGAACUGUCACCGUCCUCCGCUGAUCCUAUGGUCUUUGUAUCGGUAGAAAUGCUGGAUACUGACACCGAGACGAAUGAACCUCCGGAGCACGAGGUACUGGAGCAGGAAAUGGCGAUCGACCUUAAGAUGGAAAAAUUAGUCCCUACAGAAAAGGAGCAAAAAGUUGGUACCGUAGCGCGGCUUGCGGACAUACGUGACAAGCACAUGAUCAAGCUGAUCACAAACCGACGAUGCUGCCGAAUCUGUCAUCGUAAGGGCCGGUUGGAUCACUUGGAUAAUUCUCAUUACCAUACCAAAGCUUCCCUACUACUGCACACCCUUUGGCGUCAUGGUGCAUCUUCGAUGUCCCAGCUGCAGUGUCGCGAGUGUAGUGUUGUCUUCAAGCUACGCUACAAGCUGAUACUUCAUCAGAAUCUUACGAAGCACACCGGAAUGCUUGUGAUGAAACUUCCCAGAAAAUUGGCUCAACAAAACUCCAGCACGAAGUUUCCAGCAAACAAAGCCGCAACGGAUUUGAAUGCGAAAGAACAUGCAAAAGAUAAUACGGUUCUACAUACAAACGCGCUUGGAAAACCCAAAGUAAAGCGAAAAGCGCGGAGCCGUUGCUUUACUGCGAAGCGUAAAAGAUAA